AUGAAGGCCACAAUCGCCGUACUUCUCGUCGUCGCAGGGCUGGCGGCGGCAGUACCGACGACUGCAAGACCGGAGAAGCGACAGCGCGAGAUCACGGAUUAUGUUGACCGAUGCAAACAAAAGUGCGCGGGCCAACAGGAGCGAUCUCCCGGUCGUGACGACCCGGGUCGUGACCGGGGGCGGCUUCCCAGCCGUGACGACCCGGGUCGAGCCCCCCUGAGUCCAGGCCCGGGCUCAAAAGGACUCUGUCUGGAAGGCUGCCUGCAAGGCAACGACAGAGGAGGCAACGGCAGAGGAGGCAACGAUAGAGGAGGCAACGACAGAGGGGGCAACGACAGAGGGGGCAACGACAGAGGAGGCAACGACAGAGGAGGCAACGACAGAGGGGGCAACGACAGAGGAGGCAACGACAGAGGAGGCAACGACAGAGGAGGCAACGACAGAGGAGGCAACGACAGAGGGGGCAACGACAGAGGAGGCAACGACAGAGGAGGCAACGACAGAGGAGGCAACGACAGAGGAGGCAACGACAGAGGAGGCAACGACAGAGGAGACAACGGUGGAAGAGACAACGGCGGAGGAGACAACGGCGGAGGAGACAACGGCGAAGGCGGCAUCGGUGGAGGCCGCAUCGGCGGCGGCGGCCUCGGCGGCAGCGGUGGCAACCUGUGAUGCUGGCCCUGCCUGCCCGAUUUGAGGGGCUUAGAGUGCCCGUCCGGGUACCUUGUUGGCUUGCGGUCGCUGUAUGGAGUCCUCCGCUGGAGUUUAAGCUCGACCGGCCGUAAGCGCGGGCAAGCGAAACUACGAUACUGCUCGGGGACUGGCGGGAGGGAGCGAUGGCGGCGGCGAGCACCAGACCUUUUUGCGAUUAGGG